AUGGGAGGAUUACAAUUUAAAUACCUUUUUUGGGGGUGCUUUGCUGAGUCUGGGGGAACAUUCCAGGCAGCGCUAAUAGUCUCCCUUUUGAUUCCAUGUUCCUUGAGUAUGGAUUAUAGGGCAGGGCCAAUUAUUCCAAAUGAGACUUUAAUCUGGGUCUGGAACGUCCCAACUGAAGCUUGUAUUGGAAAAUUUAAUCACUCACUAGAUCUGAGCCUCUUCCCUUUAAUCGGAAGUCCCCGGAAAACGGCCACAGGGCAGCCUGUUACACUAUUUUAUGUUGAUCGACUUGGCUUCUAUCCUCACAUAGAUUCAGUGCUAGCCGAACAUCAUGGAGGAAUACCUCAAUUAGGGAACUUGCAAGAUCAUCUGGCCAAAGCAAAGACUGACAUAGAGCAUUACAUCCCAAAAGACCAAUUAGGCUUAGCUGUCAUUGACUGGGAAGAAUGGAGGCCCACCUGGCUGAGAAACUGGAGACCCAAGGAUAUCUACAGGAAUAAGUCUAUUGCCUUGGUCCAGAGAAAUAAUCCAGGAAUUAGUAUCGCUGAUGCCACCAAAAAAGCCAAAGAUGAAUUUGAAGCCGCAGGAAGGAAGUUCAUGGAAGGGACUUUAAGACUAGGAAAAUCAAUUCGACCAAAACACUUAUGGGGUUAUUAUCUCUUUCCUGAUUGCUAUAACAAUAAAUUUCAAGACCCAAAAUAUAAUGGGAUGUGCCCUCCCGUGGAAAAGCAAAGAAAUGAUGAUCUCAACUGGAUGUGGCAAGAAAGCACCGGCCUUUACCCAUCUGUUUAUUUGAAGAGAGACUUGAAAUCUAAUCGGCAAGCUGCACUCUAUGUCCGCUACCGAGUAGUGGAAUCUAUCCGAGUGUCCAAAGUUCGGAAUGAAAAAAAUCCUGUCCCGAUUUUUGUCUACAUACGUCUUGUUUUUACUGAUAACGUUUCUGAGUACCUUGAGGAGGCUGACCUUGUGAAUACAAUAGGUGAAAUUGUUGCUUUGGGUCCUGCUGGGAUUAUAAUUUGGGACGCUAUGACUUUAGCACAACGUGCGCCAGGCUGCCCGAUCCUUCAUAAAUACAUGAAGAGUACCCUGAACCCGUACAUAAUCAACACCACCCUAGCUGCCAAAAUGUGCAGCCAAGCACUGUGUAAGGAAAAAGGCGUGUGCACAAAGAAAAAUGAAAGUUCAGAUGUCUAUCUUCACUUGAACCCAAGUCAUUUUAAUAUUGAAUUAACGAGAAGUGGAAAGCAUUUAAUCCAUGGCAGCCCCAGAGUUGGAGACCUGAAGUACUUUCAUGAACAUUUUAAAUGCAGCUGUUUUACCAACACGAACUGUAUGGAGAGAUCUGAUAUAGAAUCCGUAGAAAGCGUUAGUGUGUGCACAGGUGACAACGUUUGUAUAAAGGCUCCUGUAGAGCCCAACCUAUCAUCCUGCCUUCUACCUGGCAAAGGCAUUCUCCUGCUGACAGUACUCACGCAUGUACUGCACCAUCUGCUAGAAGAGAGUCUUGCUUUCCAGGGUAAGAUGCUAGUGGGUGCUCCUUAA